AUGGAAGCAGUGCAACGUAUCAUUAAACUGCUGCAAGGCGCAGAAUUUGUGCCGGGGGUGCUUGACGCGCAGGUUCUGCUUGACUGCGACCUGGAUCUAGUGAUCACGGCCAGCCGAUCACUGUUUAAAGCGCUGGCCCUACUGACCGGCAAGUAUGACUCCGCUGACCGCGAGCUCACGACCUGUAUCAUAGUCAAAGAGGAAGACGGUUCACCAGCGGCGUCGUCACAUUUCGCUUCGGCGGAGUCGAUUGCGGACGAUAGCGACAGCUUGAAAAUAAAGCGAAUGUCGUUAGGACCUUCCGGUGCAGCACUUUUAUGUGACCACCACGAGCAUCCGACUCCAAUCACCGGACCGUUGAGACUAACUACAGAGCCAGUCGAUGCUACUUACGACCUCGACCACAUGCAACUCUACUUUGCAAAGGCCAUGGAAAAGUUCAUGCGAAAAUAA